CCGACUGGUACUCACUGUCUGGGCGAUAUAUCUUGGAACUUGUUUAUCAACAACAUACACCUCCCCUUUUGAAGUCUCAAGUCAAAAUGUUUUCUUGGAUAUUAAAUUGUUUUAGCUGAGCGUAGUUGGCUUUCAAAAAUUUUUUGUGCCAACUGUCUGCCAUGAUGUCAGUAUCAUAAAAUUUGUUAAGGAGAAAAAUCAGAACUGUAAAUAUGAUGAAGCAAUCUAAUUUACUGAAAUGGGCUCAUAACAGCAAAAACAAUGCCAAAAAUGGAACAUCAAAUAAAAGUUGGAUCCAUCCACCGGAUGCACUACAACAUGGACAUGUGGCAUACUUGGUUAAGUUCUUGGGAUCCAUUGAAGUAGAUCAAGCAAAAGGAAUAGAAGUUGUUAAAGAUGGAAUUCGAAAAUUAAAGUUCAAUCAACAGUUGAAGAAAGCUGAAGGGACUAAAACACCCAAAGUAGAAGUAACUAUAUCUAUUGAUGGAGUAGCCAUUCAAGACCAAAAAACCAAACAAAUUUUACAUCAAUAUCCUCUUCAUCGCAUAUCUUAUUGUGCCAAUGACAAAUCUGACAAAAAGUUCUUCAGUUUUAUAGCAAAAGAAGAUUGUGGCGAAAAGCAUAUGUGCUUUGUAUUUGCUAGUGAUAAAUUGGCUGAAGAUAUUACUUUAACGAUUGGUGAAGCAUUUGAUUUAGCAUAUCGUAAGUUUUUAGAUACUUCAGGAAAAGAUUUGGAAGCUAAGAAACAACUGAUGAUUCUACAAAAAAGGGUUCAAGAAUUAGAAAAAGAAAAUAUGAGGCUGAAAAAGAGGUUGGAUGAAGUAACCAAUGGCAGUUGUGUAGAAAAUAGAAAUAUUACAAAUGGACAACCUCCGCAAAACCUAUUGCAUUUAAAUGGGGAGACACCAACUAUGCCUCGUCAUCAGUCAGCUAUUGAACCAAAUUUUAAUGCUGCAUUACAUCAAAAUGUAAGGAAUGACAUGGCUAAAUCAAUGCCAACAUCUCCUUCAGAGGAAUUAUUUCAUUUAGUCACACUUCCAAUAGCUCCAACAGUAGGUACCAAGCUAGAAAACCUUGUUUUAGAUGAUCUUGAUGAUUUCAAUCCAAGGGAGAAUAAAAUUACAAAUGGAAAUAAAGGUAAUAUUUCUCAAGUACAGUAA